AUGCCCCCCUCCCCACCAAAUUCUCACCGAAAACUAAACGGCACAUCCAGCCGCCGCAUCUUCCUCCCCACAACAAUCCUCAUCAUCGCCAUCCUCUAUAAAAUCUACCUCCACGGCUUUCUCGUCCUAUUCUUCAACAUCAACCGUGUCAUCCAACCCAUCGAGGACUUCCCUUCCUACGAAUGCCAGAAACUCAGUCACCCUCUUCUCUCAGGCUGCGAGGACAUCUGGCUCGACGGGUCCGGACGAAAGCUCUACGCUGCGUGCGGGGACAUUCAAGGCCGAAAGGGCUGGUCUCCCGGCGGUAAUAAACUGAACGUGUCGGCGCGGAGGGGCUCGAAUUGGGUCUCUGUGCUGGAUAUCGAUCAUCCUGGCUCGGAUGGGUUGUAUGGGUUGCGGAAGGUGAAGAUCGGGAAUUCGUAUACUGGGGAUUUAGAUCUUCAUGGAUUCGACGUUAAGGAGGUUGAUGAUGGGGUGUUACGGUUCUGGAUGAUUAAUCACCGCCCGCCGGUAAAUGGAGAUACUGGAGAGUUGUUAGCGGCGGAUAAAGUCGGAGCGAAUUCAACGAUCGAGAUAUUUGAUUUGGAUCACUCGCGCGAGACAUUGGAGCAUGUGAAGACAAUUGUUAGUGAUGCGGUCGUCUCGCCAAAUAAUCUCGCUGUCGAGGAAGAUGGGAACGGGUUUCUUAUCACGAAUGAUCAUACUCGGAAAUUCGGGGCACUGAAGCAACUGGAAAUCAUAGCUGGUGGCGGCAGCGUUGCUCGCUGUCGUACUGACUCGGGUGAAUGUCGGAUCGUGGCUGAGAAGGGAUUCCACAUGCCGAAUGGGAUCACGAGGGGCCAGGACGGUUUGUUUUACGUGGUGCAAGGAGUCGCUGGUAAAAUCUCGGUUUAUGAGCUGGUAGAUGGUGAAUUCCGUCGGGUCAGUGAGGUUGAUACGGGCAUUUCGAUGGAUAAUCUGUUUGUCGAUUCGGAGGGGAAUAUCAUUGCCGCUGCGUUCCCGGAUUUGAUGGGGAUGGCUAGAGCUUUUGAUCAUCCGGAGGAAAUGGCUGUGGCGACUACUAUUCUGAGGAUCAAGAAGACAGGUGAAGUCGAAGGUCAGGGGCAGUAUGUGGUCGAAAAAGUGAUCGAGGAUAAGGAGGGCAAAUUGCUUUCAGCUACCACCGUAGCCGCUUACGAUGUUAAGUCCAGGAGACUGUUUACUGGAAGUAUCAUUACUCCGUUUAUUACGGUUUGCCAGCAACGGGCUUGA